UGAGGAAAUUUCAGUCAACGUACAUGUUAUAGCAGUUUGGGAAAAUCUGUUUUCUCACAAUACACACUCCUAAUAUCUGGUCAUUGAGAGAAGGAUCUGAACGGAAGCAGAGCACUUGGUUGUAAGUGUCUCUAGUAUUUAGCCGCGGGGAACAAACGAUAGUCAGAUUAUCACUAGUGACUGUAUACAGUGUAGACAUACCAUGAACUCAAGAGAAAUUGUUUGUAAGGAUCGCGGGUCCGGCGAAGCUUAUUUCUUCAAAGCUCUUGGAGCCAUGACGUCGAAAACAAAGAAGAAAUUGGCACCUGGACCGGCGGGAAUCCCAUUCUUUGGGAGUUUCUUUGAUAUCGAUAUGAAAAACAUGCAUCUAGAUUUUAUGAAAUGGAAAGAACAGUAUGGUAACAUCGUGUCUUUCAAACUGAACGGAAAGAACAUUCUUGUCCUGAACAACGUGGAAAUCAUCAGAAAGGCCUUUGAUAGUGACGAUAUUGGUCCGUUAAUGAGUGAUCGUCCCCUUAAUUUUAUGGGUGAAUAUAUUGCAUUUGGAUAUAAAGAUGUUCUUUUGAGAAGAUAUGACGAGGAUUUUUUGAAAAUGAAAGGCAUAAUGAUACGCGCUAUGGCAAAGCACGAUUUUAAUUCGACAACGUUUAGGCAAAUGAUGCUGGAGGAGACCACCCAUGUGUUGACAAAAUUUCAAAAAACAUCGGGAAAACCAACGGAUGCAAUGGACAUUUUAAUGCCCUCAUUUUGUAAUAUCAUUGGCAUGUUGUUUACGGGACGGCGAUGCGAGGAUGAAGACAAACUCCUGAAGGUUUUAAUAGAUUUUGACCGCAAUGGAGACAUGAUGAUACAGCCACAAGUUCACUCGGUGAUGAAACUUUUCCCCUGGAUUCGCCAUUUUCCUGGUUUCUAUGGCAAUCUCUUCCGUAAUGUUAUACAAGGGAGAAAUUACCUUCAUGAUUUAGUGCGAGACAUGAAGAAAUCGAUCGACAGAGACAACGUGCAAAGUUUUAUACACGAACUGUUGAGAGAACAACUGAAUAGUGCUGAAGAAUCCGAAAAGGCGUGGUUGACUGAUGAACAUAUUCUGGGAAUGGUCAUGGAUCUUAUAAACACAUCUGUGUUGACAACAAAGGCAGUGAUGUCUGGCGUCCUCUUUCUUCUUGCUCACUUUCCGGAGAUGCAAGAAAAGAUUCGGAAAGAGAUUAAUACAGUGAUCGGUGAUCGCCAACCUUCAAUUGAGGAUAUGACGUCAUUGCCGUAUACGCAGGCGUGCUUGAUGGAGAUUCUCCGAUAUCAGUCUCAUCUUCCCCUGACUGCGGCUCAUGCGAACCUCACACAGGAAGUAGAACUGGAGGGUUACACAAUUCCAAAAGAAACAGUGAUAUUUGGGAACCUUUUUGCUUGCCACCACGAUGAAAGCAUAUAUGCUGAGCCAUGGACAUUCAAACCCGAACGUUUCUUGGAUGACGGCAAAUUAGUCAGUAGCGACCACCCCGCUGUUCAUAAUUUCAUAGGAUUUGGCGUAGGAAAACGAUACUGUGUUGGGCAACAGAUGGCUAGAAACAGGAUGUUUCUCUAUACCACAAGUCUUGUGCAAAAAUUUAGAAUCGAAGUUCCGAAAGACACAGUGCUUCCGUCACAUGACCCAAGGGCUUUAAUUUCGGAGUCUCCUGUGAUUUUGCCGCCAUCAGUGAGAUACUGUUUUGUGGAAUGCUAAUGUGGACAAAUAUUUGCUGAGUGGUUGUGAGAAAUUAUGAUUUGUUUUAAGCAUGUACAUAUUAUUUAUUUAUUAUGAAAUAAAUUGAUAUAAAAAGAAAA